AAUAUUUUUUGAGAUGUGAUUCUUUCAAAUUAAUAAACUUUUGAGAUGCUUUAGGGCCUGAGUAGAUUCAUGUUCUGUCGCAAACUCUAAUUGACUCCUUCCCUUAAGGGGUAUAGCGUCUUCAAAUUGUUAUAAUAUCUUGAGGCUGAAGAAAUCUGUAAUCACAGAGAAAAGGAAAUUGUUGGUAUUGUUAUUUUCCUUUAUUUUUUUUUUAUUUUUUGAAGUUUUUAUAUCCUCGUCAUCUAAUCUUUUCGUUAAGGGUUUAUGUUGUUAUAUAUUCACAGAGGUGGGAGAAAAUCGGUAAUCACAGAAGCAUAGUUUUUCAAAGUUAACCUAAUUUAUUUACUACAUUACAUCGAUCGAUCCUGGUUGAGACUUGAAACAAUGACGAAGAUGUCCAAUCUUCCCAGCGAUUUGGGCGAGGAGGUGCUCUGUAGAAUUCCGUUGACAUCUCUGAGAAAAGUCCGAUCUACUUGCAAAAAGUGGAACACUUUAUUCAAAGGUGAGAGCUUUGCGAAGAAGUACCUUGGUGAUCAAGCAAAAGUAGCAGCAACGGAAAAAGAGUUUAUGAUGGUCAUGAUGAUGGAUUUUAGGGUUUAUUUGAUGCGCGUCAAUCUUCACAAUGACGUUAAGUCAUGUAUAAUGCGUGAAGGUGAACUUGUUAGCUUAGAAGAUGAAGUCAAUGUAUCUCAAGUCUUUCACUGCGACGGUUUAUUGUUAUGCAUUAUGGAAGAUAAUACUAGGGUUGUUGUUUGGAACCCGUAUUGGGGGCAAACCCGGUUGAUCGAGCCUAAGCAUGACUUCCAAAAAAUUUAUUCGUAUAUGUAUGCUCUCGGAUACGAGAAGAGCAGCAAGUCAUGCCGCAUCUACAAAAUCUUGAGAUUUAUUGAUUUUUCUCCCACUUAUGUUGAGUUUAAAAUCUACGAUAUUAACUCUAAUUCAUGGAGGGAUCUUGAUGUCAUCACUCCAUACUGUAAGAUAUACGCUCAUCGUCGUGGUGUCUCUGUCAAGGGAAAUACGUACUGGUUUGCUAGAAAUCGGCAAUGUAACUUACUCUGUUUUGAUUUCACUAGAGAGAGAUUUGGGCCAUGUUUGCCUCUGCCGUUUCAGUUUUAUUAUUCAGAUACUGUCAGUCUAUCUAGUGUCAGAGAAGAGCAGCUUGCGGUUUUAUUUCAAUGCUCCUAUACAUUACAGAUGAAAAUUGAGCCCUAUCGGGUGUCGUGGAACAGAAAGGUGUUCUUAGCAGUGGAUAUGAACCCACUUGUUUCCUUUCAGUUUCAGGUUAGUGCUGCGAGUUUCUUCAUUGACGAGGAGAAUAAAGUCGCCGUUGUUUUUGAUAAAGACAAAGAAGGUUUAAUGAACCCUACUCGCAACGUAGCUUACAUCGUUGGAGUGGAUGGAAUCUUGGAAGAAGUGGAUCUUGGAGUAUCUGCAGCCAAAUUUUGUUACCCACUUGUGUGCUCUUAUGUUCCGAGUUUAGUGCACCUUUAAUUAAUUAGUACAUUUUA